AUGCCCCAACUAGACACAUCCACAUGAUUUAUCACAAUUCUAUCAAUGAUUCUAGCCCUUUUCUUUAUAUUUCAACUUAAAAUCUCAAAUCACUCUUAUCCGUCUAAUCCCUCUCUUAAAUAUACUAAACUAAUUGAACAUAAAACUCCUUGAGAAGAAAAAUGAACGAAAAUCUAUUUGCCUCUUUCAUUACCCCUACACUUAUAG